AUGGGCAGCCACGCGCGCAGCCCCGGGUGGGCAGCGCGGGACAAGCGCCCGGCGCCCGCCGCGCCCGCCGGCCCCCCGGACGGCCCCCCGGACGGCCCCGUGGACGGCCCCGCGGACGGCCCCGCGCCCGCCGCGGCCGUGCUGGUGCUGGCGGCCGGCUGCGCCCUGCAGCUGGCGCUGGACGGCGUGGAGCUGCUGCUGGAGCCCGCGCCCACGGCCGUGCUGCACGUGCGCCUGGGGGCCCGGAGCGUGCUGCUGGUGCCCGAGGCGCUGGGCGGCGCGCAGCCCGGCCUGCAGCCCGGCGCCCUGCUGCGCGGCCUGGGCCAGGUGGUGGCCGUGGAGCAGGCCUGGGGCGGCGCGGGCGCCCACCUGGAGCUGGUGCUGCUGCCCGGCGCCGACGCCGCGGGCCGCGGCGAGCUGGAGCUGCGCCCCGAGCCGCGCGCGCCGCCGCCGGCCUGGCCGGGGGGCGCCGGCCCCAGCCCCAGCCCCGAGCGCGGCCCCUACUGCAGCCUCGGCCUCGGCCGGCACCCGGGGACCCCCGGCCGCUCGUCGCUGCGGCCCCUGCCGCCCUCGCCCCCGCCCGGCGCCCCCGAGCGCCCCCCGGAGCGCGCGCUGGGCCCGCACCGCAGGGCGCGGCGCUGCCUCUUCCCGGAGUGA